AUGUUCUCCUCACUCUUCAGUUCAGCGAAGGAAAUCUUGGAAAACGCCACGAAUGAACAGCCAGGAAAUGCACAGCAGUCCAAACCACAGCCAACGCCACAAUCUCAUCAAGCAGAUGCUGCUGGAAAACAAGAAGGCGGAGGUGAUUUGCUGAGCGGGCUUCUCCAAGCUGUCGGGAAAUCACUAAACGAGGGCAAUGGACAGGCUUCCCAACCUGCACCACCGUCUCAAUCACAGCAGUCUACUGGAAACCAAGGUGGUGAUCUGCUCAGCGGACUGCUUCAAGCUGUUGGUAAAUCAUUCAUGGAGCACAAUAGCCAGACGCUCAGCGCCUGCCUCAACCAGGGGGUGACGGAAACCAGUCAGCCAAAGGCACUCAAGGCUUCAAUAUGA